AUGGCGCAAGAGAAGAAGGAAGAACAACCCCAGCAAGACCACAUCCCCACCUCGCCGCAGAACGAAGAGGAGGAACAAAGCAAAGGCUCCGGCGGCCUCUUGAGCGCAAUCGGAGAUCCAGUCGGCAACGUCCUCAACACCGCCCUCCGCCCCGUCGGCGCGCCGCUCGAGAAAUUCGUCACAGGCCCGCUGGGCGAGGGUCUCGGCGGCACCACACGCGGCGCGCUGGGCCCGUUGAUGGGCCACGAGGACGAGCGCUCUGAGCUGCUGGGCGGCAAGAACGUAGAUAGCUACAGCAAGCCCGAGAAGAUUGCGGGUAAGGAACAGACGGGAGAUAAUCCGUUGGGCUUGGAUCAGACGGGUCGAUGGGGAUUUGAGGAUGAGGGUAAGAAAUAGAAGAGUUUUUGUUUGAUUUUAAGAAAGUUAAAAGUGAGGAGGCCGGGGGAGGGGGUAUAUAUAAAUCUUUUUUGUAUGGA